CCGAGUGAGCAGAGCCCGACAUAUUCUGAACACCUUCCAAAUGUUGAGCCGGAGUCGUGAAGUGCUGCUCUUGAGGGGGGCGAGGUUGGAAGAGAGGGAGACGACGAGGGAGAAAACCGGCACCGUUCACUCACGUUUCCUCCUCUGAACGCGUCUCUGCACACCGCGACGGACCGGGACUCUACCGCCAAGGUACAAAACAAUCAGCCAGGAUGGCGGCAGUCUGUGUGAUCGCAUUAAGCGUCCUGCUCACCACAGCUCUUUCUGCCCCAGUAAAAGUGGUAGAGGACUUCAAGACCCUGUUCUACGGGGAGGACUGCCACAUCUCGCUGCCCUCUCUAAAAGUGGAGGUCACGUUUAGGAACCGCUCGUCUCCGAGGUCUGGGGAAGUGACCCUGAUGACAAAUGGCAAUGUGGUCAGCAGUCGGGCCAAACUCAACAGCCACCUCAGCCACCUGGUGAUAGACAACGUCGGAGAGGGAGACGAGGGCGUGUACACCGUGAAGACCCUGGUGGCGCAGGAGGACAUCCAACGCACUACGCUCAUUGUCCGAGAUUGCUCCAACGAGCUGAUCAUUAAAUAUGGAGAAAACUACAAUAUUCCUCUGUCGGGGGUGACUCCUCCCAUCACCCUGGAGUACAGGCCCAGUGCUGUGGAGGCCAACCAGACAUCCAGACCUGCUCUGAUGCUGCUGACUAGCACAGGGAUGUCCAGGGACGGAUACCAGGGGCGAAUCAGCGUCAACGAGCGCCACGCCACGCUCAGCGCUGUCACCGGUGCAGACGAAGGCAGCUACACUGUCAGGGAUGCUGAAGGUGCUAUCCAAAGGAAAGUGUGUCUCAAUGUCAAAGAGCAUCAGAACUUUGUGAAACUGCAACACGGUAAAACUCUGAAGAUCAACCUGAUACUCAACAGCUCCUUGGUGCAACUCUACUACACCCCCGACUACGACCACAUCCACCAUCUGCUGCUCGACAAGGCAGAAUUUACAAGUGCCCAAACAGAGCUGGGUUUUGAUGACCGUCUCUCUAUCGAUGGUUCCUGGGUAUAUCUGGAUCAGGUGAAGGCUUCUGAUGUGGGCCAGUUCACAGUGACAGACAUACUGGGCUUCACUGUGUCCACCACCCACCUGGGACUACAACCCUACAGGCUGGAGUCGCUGUAUGUGGCCAUCAUUGCCCUGUUGGGCCUGUUGGCUUUCCUUCUGCUGGUGUGUCUGCUGUCCUGCCUGAUCAAAGUGAAGAAGAGGGCGCAGAGGGGAGCGGCCCUGGAGAAGAUCGCCCAGAAAUCAGGGGAGGACGAGGGAGAGGCCUUCAGACAGGUGGUCAAGAACAUCACUAAACUCAGUGAGGAGUCAAAGCACUCCCAGGCCGACAACACAGAGAAAUCCCAGAGCACUGAGGUGGAUAUCAAAGGUCUGGAGGUUUCCUCUAAAGAGGUCGGGAUCGGUAACCUCGACACCAGUGACUCUGGCGUCGGCUUUAACACCGCCCUCCCUCUGGACACUGACACUGACGCCGCCGAUCAAAACCUCGACUCUGUGGCUGUAAGCGUCUCUGAAACCCAACCAAGCCCACCGCCCGCUGCUGCCGCUGCUGCUGCUGCCGCUGCUGCUGUUGCCGAGUCCAAGCCGAGCACUCCUCCUGCUAUAGAAAUAAAAUCAAGUCCAGUGGCUGAAACUAAAGCCCCCCCUACACCCGAGCCAACGAAAACCCCCGAGCCCACGAAAACCCCCGAGCCCAUGAGAACCCCGGAUCCACCAGUGGAGGUAAAGCUAGACGUGCCCAAACCUGCAGAUGUUAAACUCAGCCCGGCCUCGACCCCCGAGCCCAAGGCUAGUCUGAGUCCAGCUGAUCCAAAGCCUGCACCCACCCCUAGCCCAGAGCCUAAAUCACCUGCUCCGAAAGCCCCCUCUCCAACCCCUGAGAGUAAAGCCCUGACUCCAACCCCUGAGAGUAAAGCCCUGACUCCCACCCCUGAGAGUAAAGCCCUGACUCCCACCCCUGAGAGUAAAGCCCUGACUCCAACCCCUGAGAGUAAAGCCCUGACUCCCACCCCUGAGCCAUCUAAGCCCACCACACCAGAACCCAUCACCAACGGUACGCCCGAGCCAGACUCCAAACCCAGCCCGGAUCACGUCGAUAUCAUCGAGGCUCCAAAACCCCCGAAAACCCCGGAAGUGGAGCCGAAAUCUACCGGUCCCGCAACGGAGGCCAGCAAAGACGGCGCCGCGGCUGAGGAUCAAACCACCACCACCACCUGAGAACUGCCCCUGCAAAACGCCAAGGGAAGCCCCACAGAUAUUCUCAACCUACCACCACUGUAGACAAUCAAACACCCCCUACCAAAUAAUGAAGAAACCACUGAAACCGGAGCGUUCUCACACGUCUAACGCCUGAACACAGUAUUACUUUGAUAACGGUAUCUCACUCACAAACUAACACAUAGCCUUUGCGACUGUUUGAUUCAUAACAACGUAUACAGUAACACGUGUGGCUUGUUGAUUGUUAAAAAUCUAAGUUUUGAUUCAACUUUUUGGUAACUUUAUAGUAAAACUGUCAGACUGCAUAUUAAUUCCUUUGAAGAGUUUACAUAUAAAACUCCACAUGAGGUUUUUUCUAACAUAAUGCGAAAUCCAGAGAGGUUUACAACAUUACAUUCAAACUCAAAUAUACUGCAAUUCAGUAUAUUGUCAGACCUAACUGUUUCCAAUCUAAAAUGCUUGUUCCUUUAUCAGCAUGUGGAUAAAAUGCAUGAAACUUACAGCCACUCAGACUUGCAAAUAUGCCACGCUGUACAUACUGUAGCAGAAACUCUGGCCUCCGAACCAUCUGCAAUACAUCAUCACAUAUAGGAAAACAAUUAGCUUUGCGUAACUUCACCAAACUAAAAAUACUAACUCUACUAUUCAUAGCCUCUGAGAUGGAGAUUCUCCCGGUGGAUUCCUCCGCUGAUUAAAAUGUGUUUUGCAGACUGAUCCCCAAAGUCCGGAUCAACCACUUUACUGCCUUUGAUCUGGAGUUCCCCGCGGCUCUAUAAAAAUCCCAUUAUUCCCUCAGUUUAAUAGCAAGCUCAUUCCAGCAGCAACUUAAUAGGACCACCGUGUUCCCGCUGUGCUUUCCAAAGGUGAAACACUGAAAGCAUCCUCUUGUGAGGUCAAAAAGUUACCACGUUCUACCUUGUUUCUUUUUAUUAACCUUCCCUUCCUCACUAAGUAUACUAAUUAAGUAAUUUCCCCUGACCCUUACCCUUCUUUUUUUAAUUCUCCUUUCCUUUGCUGAGCAUGACUCACUUAAAGGGACAGAUCACCCAAGAACAAACUUGCUCUGUGACCUGUGGUGCUGUUCAUUAAUCUAGAUCGUUUUGGUUUGUGUUGCCAAGUGUUGGAGGUACCUGCCAUAGAGAUGUCUGCCCUUCUCUUCAGUAUAAUGGGCGUGUGGUGCACGGGUGUGCCAAAAAUACAAUUAAAAACCUUGACAGCAAUGUCUCUCUCUUAGUUUCUUUCUACUAAAGAACACCUGCCACAAAGGGAAGUGUGAGUCUGCUCAUGGACGCCUUCUUCUGCACGUGAGUGGGUGUGAUUUGGUAGAAAUGAAGCAGUUUCUAUAUAAACUGAUCGUAACAAGGUGUGUGGAUUAUCUUCAUUAUCUGGAAAGAGAUAUUGCUGAUGAGUUUUUUUACAAUCUACAUUGAUAAAUACUACCUGAAGUUAAAGCAUUUUGGGGUGAGCUGUCCCUUUAAGUACACAGAUUAGAAUUACAACUUAUUCUUAUUCUUCCUUUCCAACUAGAUAUUUCCUCUGAACUAUUUAGUUGUGUUGAAAGUGACUUAGAGUAGUUCCUGUUUCUUUGGCGCUCUGAAAUUUGGUAGCAUUUAUGCCCUAGCAUCUUCUUAUCGAAGCCACAGCAUCAUUUAUGUGGCUGUUUAACACAGACCAACCUCCUGUAUGGUAGAGAGAGCUGUGCAGAUACAUUCUAGUGUUACAAAAUGCAUGUCUCUGCCUCAUAUUUUAACCAAGCAAUGGAAAACCCAAGGACAGUUUUUCCAGGACAAAAAGUUUUUUAAUUAAGCACAAAAUGACAGCCAUGAAAAUCAAUUAGUGAAAUUUGGGAACAUUUCUUGGUAGCUCUCCUGGAUUACAGUUUUUUCUUACAGUUCAAUUAAUAUCAGGCGUAACGUCAGCAUUUUAAAGAACCUUUUGAAGAGGUAGGGUUAGAUGUCAGAUUUGAUACUAAGAUCAACAAAUAUGAUCAAAAUCAAGAGGCCUCGAUGUUCAAUUUACUAAAAUAAGUUUUACACAAACGCUGGAUAUGCCUCAGUUCUAGCCUGGAUCUGUAAAAGAAACACACACACCUAUACUGGCAAUACUAUCAAUUGUCUUUACACACACACACACACACACAUACAAACACACACACACACACACACACACACACACACACACACACACAUUCCAGCCUUGUAAAUAUUGCAUGUGUAUGCCGGUUUAACCCCCUACAGGCUGAAUGUCUCUAGUGUAUAAAAUGGUUGUUGUAUUAUACUGAAUAAUAAAGAAGAAUUUAACAUUUCUCACUCAACUUAAAUCCAGAAUAUAAAAUAUAUACGCUCACAGAACUAUAUGCUAUACACACUAAUAUUCACUAACAUCUUGAACUAAUUUAAGAACCAAAUAUUGUAAAAAUCCAUCGAGAGUAUAUUCGAUCUUUUUAGAUCUGCUGUUAUUGCCAACCUGACAAUACUCGCAGCAUCCUUCACAGUAUUUACAUGUUGUAUUAAAAUGUUUAACCUACGUCACUUACAGCUGCAGCAUGCCCACGACAUGAAAAACAGGCUUUUAUCGUCCUAAAUUGUGUGUGUGUGUCUCCACAGGAGUGACGUUUCAAUGUUGCCAUCAUCGUGUGUUUGGGAUUUCGGUGUGUUUACGUAUGCACAUGUGUGAAUGAGUGAUUUUUGGAUCUAUGCAUAGCCAGUGUGUACAGAAUGACCCGACUGUACUUUAUUUGAGCUUCUCCGUGUGUCGUCGAGUGAGGUAUUCAUGUGCCUGCUUAAGUCGUCCCGCAACGUGAAGAAAACCAGUGCUGUGUUUCAGUGUGAAUGUGUGUAAAGCCACAGAAUAUUGUAAAAGAUAUUGUAACUUUGAGAUGUUUGAGUGACUCUUGUCUUUGUUUAGUGCCUCUUGUCAUUUGCCGACACUCCUAAUGGCACCUUUCUCUUGAGACGUAGGUUUGCACACCCGACUGAACAAAGUUACCGGCCUGUGAUAUGAUUUGGAGGUAUAAUGCAUAAAUGAAAGUGGCUAUGGUUUUCCAGGUUAGCAUAAGUAGCAUAUUGAAUGCUGAUCGCGCUCCUUUUGUAAGUGAGUGGUGUUUUCAAUAUCAUUAUUCAAGUCUGUGGCUCAGAGAGGAGUUUGUGAGUGAUCAGAGGAAUGAGAAAGCUGUUUGUGGGUGACCAAUGGGGUUUGGUUGUGGUAAGCAUUCGACGAGAGACUUAUGUAAAAGCAUUUCCGUGCACCACCGCUACUGUACAGUAUAUUGUCAGUGAUUGUAAUGCCAAGCCACUCCAGUCAGAGGGUUUAGGGAUGUAAGAGCCCAAGCCUUUAGUUAACCAGCAUAUCAA